AAUCAAUGCCCCAAAUCGCUAAUUAAGGUAUUUGUUUCCAUUUCCUUCUUUCAUUUUCAACAUUAGUCAAUAUAAGUAGUAAACAAACAAUUGAGUGAAACACGGGAUUGAAUUUUUUGUUCUUCUUUCUGACGCAACACAAAUAAAGUGGUGUGGGACACAACCAUAAAUUCCUUAGUUCAGUACAAAAAUUGUCACACACUCCCUCUGUCACUCACCGUCGGUUUCACUUUUAAUUUUCUUACAAUCCCAGUAAUAAUCUCCGCUAAUUUGGAGUUAUUUUAAGGAUAACAUGUGUUUCACUUUCACUCCUUUGAGGUUGUUUGUUCAACUCUUUAACAUAAUCACAAUCACCAUCAUAAUCAUUUCUCAUUUCAUUCAUUCUUAGGUUGUUUCUUCAUCUAUAAAUAACAAUUUUUCUAAUUAUUUCUCACUAUAAUCUUCAUUAAAGUUGAAGUCUUUUGAGAGAUCUAGCCAUUUUAACCAAUUGGGUUGUGAAAAAAACCAAACUUUUUUUUCUGGGUUUGAGAGUUCAAGAAUUUUCAUCAAGGUUACAAAUUUAGUGACCCUUUGAGUAAAAAACCAAGAGGGUAUCAUCAUAAAUUUGUUGAAUUUUGUAAUCAAACAAUGUUUGCAGGAAAUGGGUUGUUUUAUCCCAUUUUGGGUUUUGCUUCAUUUGUUGUUUUUAUUUAUAUGUCAUUUGGAGGGUUAAGGUUUAGUCUUGAUGAAGGGAGAGAAAUGGGUUUUGUGAUGAGAAAUGAGACACAAUUUGUGGUUGAUGGAAAACCGUUUUAUGUUAAUGGGUGGAAUUCUUAUUGGAUGAUGGAUCAUUCUGUGGAUUUUUCGUCGAGAUUUAAGGUUCGUGAAAUGAUGAAAAUUGGUGCUAAAAUGGGACUCACUGUUUGUAGAACUUGGGCUUUCAAUGAUGGUCAUUAUAAUGCUCUUCAAAUUUCACCUGGUCAAUUUGAUGAACAAGUUUUUCAGGCUUUAGAUUAUGUGAUAGCAGAAGCAAAGCAAAAUGGAAUUAGGCUGCUCCUUAGCUUAGUAAAUAACUUGCAACCAUAUGGUGGGAAGAGUAUGUAUGUCAAAUGGGCGUGGCAAGAUGGGGUAGGAGUAAGUCCCUCCAAUGAUUCUUUCUUCUAUGAUCCAUCAAUCCGUAGUUAUUUCAAGAAUUACAUCAAGACUGUCUUGACAAGGAAAAAUACUAUCACCGGAAUUGAAUAUAGAAACGACCCCGCCAUUUUUGGCUGGGAAUUGAUUAAUGAGCCUCGUUGCAUGACUGAUCGUUCUGGCGACACUCUCCAAGAGUGGAUAGAAGAAAUGUCGGCCUUUGUGAAAUUGAUUGACAAGAAACAUCUGCUGACUGUGGGGAAUGAAGGUUUUUAUGGUCCUAAUGACCCAAAAGAUUUGACUGUCAACCCCAAUUACUGGGCAUCCAAACUAGGGUCUGACUAUAUCCGGAACUCCAAAGUCUCUAAUAUUGACUUCACCUCUGUUCAUAUCUACCCUGACCAAUGGUUUCAUGAGGAUGAGAGAGCAAUUGAUACUCAACUGAAAUUUAUCUCCAAGUGGAUGCUUUCCCACAUUGAAGAUGGCGACCAAGUAUUAAAGAAGCCAGUCUUGUUCUCCGAAUACGGUUUAUCAAAAAAGAACCAGGACUUCACUCUAUCGGCCCGAGCAAAUAUGUACGAUACAAUUUUAAACAUCGUUUACAAAUCUGCAAAGAGAAACAGGUCCGGAGCAGGUUCUCUAGUUUGGCAAUUCUUAGCUAGCGGAAUGGAAGAUUAUUCUGAUGAUUAUGCGAUAGUUCCGUCGGAAAGUCCAUCAAUACAGUCACUCUUUAUUAAACAUUCAUGCAAAUUGGCCAAACUCAAGGGAUGGACUCAAAAGGAUGUAAAUUUCAAAGCGCUUUGUUAGGGAAAGAAAAGAAGAGUGGAAAACAAAGUUUACUACAUUAUGGAAUAGAUAUAUGGAUAAAUAUUGAUUUAAGUGAUUAGAAAGUGAGGUUUUGUGCAAUAUCAUAUACUUUGAAUUUCUUCAUGUCCAAGUCAAAUACUGCAUCGGAUUGAUUAGUUGAGUGUAUAGUGUGGUAGCAUGGAUUAGAGAUUCUUAUUAACAAAGUGUUGUUAACAUCAUGUCAAUACAAUAUUUAAGGAAAAUGGGAAGCAAUAGUUUUCUUUGUAAUAAAAUUUAAUCACAAAA